UAAUUAAAUGUACUGUUUAAGAGUUGUAUUCAUUGCUCUCAGUUUAAAUUGAUUGCCAGUGAAGUGUAUUAUUGCAAACAUAAUUACGAUUCCCAAGAGUUAAGUCAUAAAUUUUAACUACUAAAUAAGAUUACUACGCGAUCUAUUUGCAGCGGACUUAAACGUACCACUUUUUAAGUAUGUAAACCGUCCAUAUACAUCCGAGGUUGUUUUUGAAAAAAUGGCCGAGGAGUUCCGAAUGAUUCAUUGGAGCUAUCUUAACUUUGCAAGUGAAAUUGGCGGCCAUUUCAACCGACAGAAGGCAAACGGACAAAGGAUUCGAAAACAACACAGCGUUUAGUGGUUAAAAGCAGAAUAAACCAACUCGAAAAGGAUUUCAGAGACGUGUUCUGUUCCUUUUGGCGGACAUGAGGAACGACAUCCUGUCCCUCAAACGAGAAAGAAAGGUCGAUGAGAUGGUGCCGAUGAGGAUCGCUCCCAGGCCGCUACAAUGGAGGAUUACAUGGGACUGGUGGAGAGGAUUAAAAUACCAGAUGAAAGACACAAAAUGGUGCAGGCUCUCUCGGCCAUUGGAGGUGUUAACGUGAGGGACAACGUGAAGAACAUCCUGGAAAAAUUGAUGUCCAAUGAGCUGAUCUCCCUGUUUAACAUGAAGGGCAACAACAAUAAACUUUCCUUCAAAUCCUCUGCUAUUUGUGGAAUUGUGAUUGCCAGUGCUAUGAAAACAAAGGUGAAAGAGGGCAUGACGGAGCAUGAGGUGAUGUUGGCAGUCCAGACUUGUUUGAAGUAUGCCCCAGAUCGUCGGGGUGGAGGCGGACGCAAGAAAACUACUCCCUAAUUUGUAUGCCCCCACCACUAAAAGGGGUGAUAUAGAUUUACAUUUGUAUGUAUGUCUGUGAGACUUCAUGGCUUUAUUAUUAAGGGUAUGAACUACUGCCACUGUGUAUUUUCAUCAAAUGGCACAUAAUAUUUAUGCUGCGAUGGUCCUUAGUUUUGCAAAAUAUGAUGAUUUGACAAAGUGGAAAUGGGGGCACCUGUGUCCUAUGUAUAUAUUUUAAGCUUAUAUUGUUUAGAGGGUCAAUCAAAUAGCAUCUUUGAGCUAAGCACAGGGUACUGCAGUUGUUAAAUAAUGUACUUUGAAUUGUAGUGGGUGACAGUGCUGGUUUUGCAUGACAUCUCCUUUUCUUGAAUUGUACCCUGUUUAGGCUAUAUUUCACAAACAAUUUUAAAUAUCUGCUUAUUUGCUGGUUUUAAUCAAGUUUAAAUGGAAUUUGUUGUCUUUGUUUACAACAUUUUUGUGAACAAAGAUAAAAACUUCCUUUUUAUUUUGAUUUUUGUCUUGCCUAUAGUGUAACCAUUCAAUUUUAACUGAUUGUUGAAUAUAAGUUUGUGAACUUGGGCAUACUAGUCCAUAUGCAAAUUACACGAAUCAAUUUAUAUGGUAACUUGUCCACCAUAACUAGAUCGAAAUGACACUUCGUUUUUAUGGAAGAGACAUACAUUUGUACAAUAAUGCUGGUUAUUUCAUUGCAAAUUUCUAUUGUAUAAAUAUAAAACAAAUAAAUGAUUUGGAUGUAGAUAUUCUAAGAUAUGACUUAAACAAUACGUCUUGUUUGAGAAUCAAACUGUUUGCAACUUGGUUGCAUUUGUAAACAAGUGAAUAUUUGAAGCGAACGACAUUGUUUGCAACAGCAUUAAUGUGUAGAAUUGAUUGAUUUGAUCUGGGACUUCAAUGUUUUUUUUUUCAAAUUUCAACUAUUCCACUGUGUUGUCAUUCAUAUCCAUACUUUAAUGAAUUAAGAAAGUAACUUAAGGACCAAUAAAUGAUUCAAGGUUGUUUAUUAUCUGAUUGAUAUGGUUCAGAGUUCAGGUGCAUAUAGGCAUUGAGUGGCUAGCAGUGGCUAAACUAAAAAUCAGAUAACAAAUAAUGGUCAUGCAUUUAUCUUUUCGAUACUUACAUAAAUGUUUUCAUUUGUCGAACUGAUGUUUAUUGUACAUUAACUCAUCUCAUAGAGACGCAUAACAUUUGUCAAAUAAUUGUUGGAAAAGAUGAUCAUCUACAUACUGACAUCCAUUGUUUAUCUUUUUAUGUAAAACCUCUCUAACCCUACACUUUUAACAAACGAUGUCUAUUUUCUGUAAGUGCAGGUGAUAGCUGCGUUAUUGCAGGCUUGCACACAUACAGACGUUUUCUGUCCACAUGGAGCUAUAGCACAUGACAACAUUCAUAUAUCCAGAGUGUCUGGUUUAGAGAGAAUUUACUGUAUGCAAUAGUGUCGUAAUGUCUGCAAAACGAUAUGUUAAAAAAUUGUAAAAGUUUUAUCAUGUGUGUAAUUUAAUAACGAAUACCAUG